AUGUCGGCCGACACACUCUCACUUGCAGGAAAGACUGCUUUGAUUACAGGUUCUGGCAGAGAGACCGGCAUCGGUGCCGCUAUUGCCAGAGCUUUGGCCCGGAACGGCGCGUCUGUAGCAAUUCAUUAUGUGUCGGAAGGCUCCAAGGCGCGGGCUGAGAAGGUAGCGAUUGACAUCAAUAAAGAGUUUGGCACCAAAACCACCGUCGUACAAGGAGGAGUGGAAAAUUACGAUACUGCGAAGAUCAUGGUUGAGCAAAUUCUGAAAGCAUUUAGCGUCGAUCACAUCGAUAUUCUCAUCAAUAACGCAGCGGCUGCACGCAACGCAUCUCUCUUGGAGGUUAAAGAAGAGCAGCUCGAAUACGAAUUCGCCGUCAACGUCUUCGACGUGAUUUACAUGACACAAGCUGUUGUUGGCGUAGGUCGAAUGCCGCAAGGCGGCCGCAUCGUCAACAUCGGCUCCAUCGCCUCGAAAGUUUUGGUCCCACCCCCUGUAUAUGGUGCGACAAAAGCUGCAAUGGAUGCCCUGACAACGUUUUGGGCUGGCGAGCUUGGCAAGAGCCGUGGGAUUACCGUCAAUACACUCGCACCCGGUCCAGUUCCAACAGAUAUGUCGAAAGCGUAUCUGGUAGCCCCUGACGGGUCUCCAACUGCGCUUCAGCUUUCUAUGUACGAACAGACGCGAGCUGCGAAUCGCCUCGGGUCUGUGGAGGAUCUGGCUGAUGCUACGCUUCCGCUAGUAUCAGAAAAGAGCCGGUGGAUCACUGCACAGUUUAUCUCAGUUAGCGGCGGAAUUACCGGGACUAUGUAA